AUGGAGAGAAAAAAGUUGCUCUUGGAAAAUGGAGAGAAAAGUCAGGAAAAGAGGCAUGGGAAAGGUUGCGUGUGUGGUGGAAAAUGGACGGAUAAAUUCUCAAUUGAUGACGAUACUUGGAAAGUAAUUUCUUCCCAGGAUGCCACUAUUGAAAUUAAGUUAGAGCCACAGAUGAAAAAUGGAGAUACUUAUCUGUAUGUUUCUAGGCAUCCGCUUUUAUUCCCAACACACCAUGUGGGUUCAAUGGCUUUGAUGCUUAGCAUGGAGGAUCAUAACUUCAGACGGCGUUGUUACAGUAUUGGUGUAUAUGGUUUUAAAGUGACAUCCAAAUUCAGGUUUUCGGUAACUAUUCAAGAUAGCCCCAGGGAGAAGGUAGGUCAACAUGCUGCAUCUUGCUCGUCAUCUAUGGAGGUAGAUACUAUCGAAUGCGGAAAUUGUAAGCGUUGUAUUUCUUCCAGGACAAUAACACUUCAUGAAGCCUAUUGUAGCAGACAUAGUAUCAUCUGUCAGCAUCCUGUUUGUGGGAUUGUUCUUAGGAUGGAGGAGGCCAAAAUCCAUGUGCACUGCAAAAAAUGUGGACAUGCUUUCCACGGGGUAGAGAUCGAUAAGCAUGUCAAAGUUUUUCACGAGCCACUUCAUUGCCCAUGUGGAAUUGUCCUUGAGAAAGAACAGAUGGUAAUGAUUAUGCUUUCUGCAUCUCUUCUUUCAUUGUUGCCGACCUAG